AUGGCUCCUUUACGCUGGGCGAUCGUUAGUGCCGGUACGAUAUCGCACGACUUUGUCUGCGCCGUUUCGACGUUGCCGGCAACCGACCACCAGGUCGUGGCCGUCGGUGCCCGCGGGCUGGAGAAUGCCCGCAAGUUUGCCGAACUGCACGGGAUUCCGCGGUUCUACGAGGGUUACGAAGCUAUCGCCAAGGAUGCGGAAGUCGAUGCCGUUUACGUCGGUACGGUCAACAACGCGCACUACGAGGUCAGCCGGAUGAUGUUGGAAGCCGGCAAGCACGUCCUUUGUGAGAAGCCUUUGUGCGUGAAUCGCGGCCAGGCCCGGGUGCUGCUUGAGUAUGCCCGCGCCCAGGGCCGGUUCUGCAUGGAGGCGAUCUGGUCCCGGUUUUUCCCGAGCUACGUGCACCUGCGCGACCGGAUCACCCGCGGCGAUCUGGGGCGGAUCGAGCGGGUUGACGUGCAGUUCGGGUUGCCGCUCACGCACGUCGAGCGUGUGCGCAUGAAGAGCCUCGGCGGUGGUACGGUACUCGAUCUGGGCGUGUACACGAUCCAGGUGGCGAUGUGGGCCUUCCAGGCGGAACCAACACGCAUCGAAGCGGCCGGUCAGCUAAACGAUGAGGGUGUGGACGUUGGCAUCACCGCGACACUGCACUUCCCGAACGGUGGGGUGGCCAACAUUCGCACCAGUGCCACCGAGAAGCUACCGAACAAGGCCAUCGUCACCGGCACGAAGGGUUCGAUAACGCUGCACGAUUUCUGGUGUCCGAUCGAGCUGACGGACAUCGACGGUACCAUCCGGUCCUACCCGCUGCCAGCGUCCCGUGUUGAGUGCAUCCUGCUCAACAGCAUCGGACUGCGGUACGAGGCGGAAGAGGCACGCCGGCGCAUCGUUGCCGGCGAACUCGAAUCGCCCUCGGUGUCACACCAGGACAGUCUGGCCAUCGCCGGCGUACAGGACGCCAUCCGGAAACAGAUUGGCGUGGAAAUGCCGGAAGAUUACAUCUUCAAGAGCUAGUGCUUCGACUGUCCGGAUUCGUAUUUAGAU